UGAGCCGCCGCUCGCCCCUCGCCGCCCUUCUCGCCGCCUCCAUGCCGGGCCUGCUGCUGGGCGACGAGGCGCCCAACUUCCACGCCGACACCACGCACGGCCCCCUCCGCUUCCACGACUUCCUGGGAAACUCAUGGGGCAUCCUGUUCUCUCAUCCACGAGAUUUUACACCAGUGUGUACAACAGAGCUUGGCAGAGCAGCAAAGCUGGCACCAGAGUUUGCAAAGCGUAACAUUAAAAUGAUAGCCCUCUCUAUUGAUGAUGUCAAAGACCAUCUCUGUUGGAGCAAGGACAUCAAUGCCUACAAUGGAGAUGAGGCCAAAGAGCAGCUCCCCUUUCCCAUAAUUGCUGACUCAAAACGGGAGCUUGCAGUCCAGCUGGGCAUGCUAGACCCAGAUGAGAGAGACAAGGAUGGUAUUCCUCUGACUGCCCGUGUGGUAUUUGUCUUUGGCCCGGACAAGAAACUCAAACUCUCUAUCCUCUACCCAGCAACCACUGGCAGAAACUUUGAUGAGAUUCUGAGAGUGGUUGAUUCCCUACAGCUAACAGCUGCUAAGAAGGUUGCUACCCCAGUUGAUUGGAAGCCUGGGGACCAGGUCAUGGUGAUUCCAAGUGUACCAGAAGAAGAGGCUGACAAGCUCUUUCCAGGAGGAGUUUGCACCAAAGAACUUCCAUCAGGAAAGAAAUACCUGCGUUACACCCCUCAGCCUCAAUAGCAACUGUGAAGAGAGAUCGAACAAACCAGAAUGCUGAUCACAGGGGCUCUGUAGGAAAAGCUGCAUUAACUAUUUUGUGUGGAAGUAGAUUUGCCAAGCACACAAUAUUUAGCAGAGUGACUGAGUCCCAGCUAGUCAUCACGGGGUUGAUCUGUUCAGACAUGUGAUCAGUUGUCAUGGGUUUAUUUUAAAUGAAUAAUCAAUUUUCUGCUCUUUAGCCAUGUAUAAACACACUUUUCAGAUAACAGAUUAUUUCUUUGUCACUGAAAAUUUUAGUAAGUGGGCAAACAAUCUCUCGUGCUGCUAUGUGCAGAAAAUCUCAAAAUAAAACUGUUCAGCUAACCACUGUACAGGCUGUGGGGUCAAAUGAGGUAGGGUUCUUGAGCACAGUUCACUAGAAAUGAUUGUGACUAGAUUGUUUGCACAGCUGAAGCUUGUUGCAGUUUUCCUGGGCCUUUAUUUCAAAUUAAUUUGUUCUACUAAUCAAAUGCCUAAUCUGGAAAGGCUUGUAUUAACCACCUAGUCUGUAUUGGUUACAUUGGAUUGAUGGCUAUACCAAAAAGACUUUCAACCUUUUUUUUUUAUUCCUCUUAUUCAGGAAAUAAAACUAGCUAUUAAAAUGUG